AUGGAGUAUCGUGGAAACGCCAUUUUGCGUAGUACCAUAUGGACGUGCGAACCCAGUGCCACCAAUCACUAUCGGAACUAUCGUGCGCUGAUAACUGCAAUCUCUGCCCGUUAUCAAUGUAUCAUCAGUUUACCGCCAAACUUUCCCUCAUCAAGUGUCACAGUUUCCUAGUUCCAACUUCCAUUCAUUUUUCUGUAUUCAUAUUUCAUACGCUCAGUACUCAGUUGUAGUUAUUAAUUAUUUUAUAGUUGCUCGUUCGUUAACCAUGGGAUUCGAUUUUGGUGUUUGCAUUCAAGAUGUAAAAAAAAAACUUAUCUUGAAUGACCAACUUUAUGGAUUUGACAAUGAACAAAAACAACUCCUACAGAUUAUUAAAAAAACUACUGAUUUUGGAGAAAGUGACUCGGUCAUUAUACUUGGGACUCGUGGAUGUGGAAAAUCAAUAUUAAUGGAAUCAGUUAUAAAAUCUCUAUCACCUGAAUCUCAUACACUAGUAUUAUUAAAUGGUCUCAUUCACACUGAUGAUAAUUUAGCACUUAAAAGUAUUAUACAACAACUCCAAAUGGAAAAUUUGGAUGGAACUUUUGCUCAAGGAUCUUAUGCUGAUAAUAUAAGUUUUUUAUUGGACAGCUUUCGAACAGGAAACAAAAGAGCUUCAAAAUCAAUUAUUAUGGUAUUAGAUAAAUUUGAUAUGUUUUGUUCUCAUACUAAUCAAACAUUGUUGUAUAAUUUGUUUGAUUCUGUUCAAUCUCAACAAAAUCCAUUAUGUAUUAUUGGCUUAACAUCACGAAUUGAUGUUAUUGAAUUACUUGAGAAACGAGUUAAAUCUAGAUUUUCACAUAAUAUACUGAUGUUGAAAUCUCCAUCAGAAACUAGUCAACUAUUAGAAAGACUUAAACAUUCUCUUACAAUAAGCAAACAUUGCAAAGUAAAGGCUGAUGUUUUGAAAAAUUGGAACAGUAAUAUUGAUUUAUUAAUAUCAGAUAUAAGAAUAGAAAAUUUGAUUAAGGAUCUAUUUAAAUUAAGCAACAAUUAUACAAAAUUAAAUAUGCUCAUUUUUAUGGCACUUUCAAAUGUAUCAAAAGACAAAAUGAUAACUGUUGAAGAUUUAACUAAUACCUAUACUACAUUGUUUAAUAAAGAUAUGAUUCUUGUCAAUUUAUUGGGACUAUCAAUUCUUGAAUUUUGUUUAAUAAUUUCAAUUUGUCAUCACUCAGUUAUCUAUAAUCAAGAACCUUUUAAUUUUGAAAUGAUUUAUGAUCGAUAUAGUAAAUUUGCAUUGCGAAAUUCAACAUCAUUUGUAACAAAAAGACAAGUUGUUAUAAAAGCUUUUGAAAGAAUAUCGGUUAUGCAAUUAAUUUUACCUGUAGCAGCUAUAGAAAACAAACAUAUUUUAAAAGAAUAUCGUCUGUACAAGUGCACAGUCAAUCUGGAUAAAGUGAAGACAGCUUCUAAUAAAUACUAUAGACUACCUCCAGUCAUAUUACAAUGGAUAGAUAGUAAUAUCAUUUAAAUUGUUGUAUAAUUUUUAUUUAUUUAUUUAUAAUAUAAUAUAUUUUACUUAGUAUAAUUGUCUCUAUUCUUAUAACUUUUGGAUUUGAUUUGUAAAAAUGAAUUUAAAUGAUUGUUUUAUAAAGUUUAAAGGAAUAUUUCUUAAUAAUGUUUGUACAAUAUUUUCUUAAUAAACAUUCAUUAUAAUUUUUUGAUGAACAUAUUAACAAUUAGUAAAUGAUAUGAAAAUAAACAUUGUAAAGCCUAGUAGUUUUAAGUUUAGUUUUAUAUGUACAUAGUACACUAUACACUCUACUAUAGUAUACUAUAGUAGAAAAACUAGAAAUUAACAAAUAUUCGAAAUGCAUAAGUAUUAAGUAUGUUAGGUGUAGUUAAUAUUUAAUAAAUAUGAUGGAAAGCUAGUUGGCAUUUUAA